AGAGAGAGAGAGAGAAGAGGAUAAAAACGAGGAUUAGUUUAUUUCCGGGGGUGACCUGGUGUGUGUGUAUGUGUAUAUGUGUUCGUGAAUGCGUUGAGUUUUUCUUCCUCGAGUCUCGCUGUUUAGUUUGUUUUGAUUAUUGGAAUUUGUGAUAUCACGUCAUACCUUCUAUCAAAGAAGUGUUAUUAUAGUGGUGGUGGUAGUGGUGGUGGUAGUGUGUGUUUGUACGUGCGUUAGUUGGUGUCGGUGAACUCCCGGAAGUGUUUCCAGAUCUUAUCCACCUUUGGCACAUUCAACAUCAUCGAUUCGUUCAUGUUCGGCUCUACUGAUCGAGUACUACUCCAACACGGUUUAUUUUUUUGUUAUUUUGUCGCAUAAAUCGAUAGAAGAAGUUAUGAGCCACGUUUGGGUAUCCUGUUUCCUGGAGUACGCGGAGAUUGAGGUAUGGCCGCGGUAGCUGGCAUCUAUGGCUUUUCAGAGGAACGACACACCAGAUAUGCCGAUCUACGUCAACACCAUACAUCGCUGCCGAAACUCAGCAGCCAGGACGAGGAUGGGCCGAACCCUCACACCCAAUACACAGGCGUCACGCACUUCGAGCCCAUACCGCACGAUCAUGACUUUUGUGAGAGGGUCGUCAUCAACGUGAGUGGAUUACGGUUUGAGACACAACUACGCACGCUAAACCAAUUCCCGGACACGCUGCUUGGCGAUCCGGCAAGGCGGCUUCGAUAUUUCGAUCCGCUUCGCAACGAAUAUUUCUUCGACCGGAACCGGCCUUCCUUCGAUGCGAUACUUUAUUAUUAUCAAAGUGGUGGUCGACUUCGCCGGCCAGUCAACGUUCCCCUCGAUGUGUUCUCCGAGGAAAUCAAAUUUUACGAAUUGGGCGAACUUGCCACCAACAAAUUCAGGGAGGACGAGGGCUUCAUUAAAGAAGAGGAGAAGCCGCUGCCGUCGCACGAGUUCCAGAAGAAGGUCUGGUUGUUGUUCGAGUACCCGGAGAGCUCGCAGGGAGCCCGGGUUGUCGCCAUAAUAUCCGUGUUCGUGAUUCUUCUCUCGAUCGUAAUCUUCUGCCUAGAGACCCUGCCAGAAUUUAAGCAUUAUAAGGUCUUUAACACGACGACGAACGGCACGAAGAUCGAGGAGGACGAAGUGCCGGACAUAACGGACCCAUUCUUCCUAAUAGAGACUAUUUGUAUCAUCUGGUUCACGUUCGAGUUGUCCGUGCGCUUCCUCGCCUGCCCAAAUAAAUUUAACUUCUUCCGUGACGUAAUGAACAUCAUCGACAUCAUCGCGAUCAUUCCUUACUUCAUCACCCUCGCCACAGUAGUGGCCGAGGAAGAAGACACACUUAAUCUACCAAAGGCACCGGUUAGCCCUCAGGACAAGAGCACGAAUCAAGCAAUGUCCCUGGCGAUUUUACGAGUCAUCAGGCUCGUCAGGGUGUUCCGGAUAUUCAAGCUGUCCAGGCACAGUAAAGGCCUCCAGAUACUUGGCCGUACUCUGAAGGCCUCUAUGAGGGAACUCGGUCUUCUCAUCUUUUUCCUUUUUAUCGGUGUGGUGCUAUUUUCAUCGGCGGUAUACUUCGCGGAGGCCGGCUCCGAGAAUUCAUUCUUCAAGUCCAUUCCGGACGCGUUCUGGUGGGCCGUUGUCACGAUGACGACCGUGGGCUAUGGUGACAUGACGCCCGUGGGAGUCUGGGGGAAAAUCGUUGGUUCCCUUUGUGCGAUCGCGGGUGUAUUGACGAUCGCGUUACCCGUCCCCGUCAUCGUCUCCAACUUCAACUACUUCUAUCACCGUGAGACUGACCAGGAAGAGAUGCAGUCACAGAACUUCAAUCACGUGACUAGCUGUCCGUAUCUCCCUGGCACGUUAGGUCAGCACAUGAAGAAGAGCUCGAUGUCGGAGUCGUCGUCGGAUAUAAUGGAGCUGGAAGAAGGCAUUCUACUGGCGCAACCAGAUAUGACGAAGAAGCCCAACUGCAACCCUCGCCACAAUAAUAAUAUUAAUCCAGCCUGCAUGAGCAUCGAGACUGACGUCUGACUACUAGUGAAGGAGACGGUGGCAGCGUGGUGGCCGAUGUUGGGACAGUUGUCGAAGAGCAGCUGUAACUCCCUACGGUGCCUAACGUAGACCUCCUUCAUAAUAAAAAAUCACACACAAACACACAAA